AUGAAGGGGCCCUCACCCACCAGCAGCCUCCUGCUGCUACUGUUGCUCCUAAGCCCAGACCCUGGAGGAGCAUUGCCACUGGCACCCAGCACUACAUCAUUGUUCUACCGACAGCCACUCUCAAGCAAACUACUGAGGAAGGUCAUCCGAGUGGAAUUUCAGAAAGCUGAUAGGCCUUCGUUUCACCUGUCUCGACGCAGCGUCUGCAUCCACCCCCAGAACCGCAGCCUGACUCUGUGAUUGGACUGCCAAGGGAAGCGGCUCCAGGGGACUCUGCCCAACUGA